UAAAGUGCUUCAAAACAUUGUAAACAAGAAUGCAAGUCACAACCCUUUCAUUUUUAUGGAGAGAAAUAUCCAUAUGUUCAAUUGUUUGAACUCGAAAGUGACGUGUUAGGUAUUGAAACGGUAAGCGCCAUUUGAAGUGCCAUUAUAGAUUUUAUUUCACUUGGUUCUGAACGCUAACUUAGCUACAUUAGCUGCCUGGGCUACUACAGAGCUAAUGUUAGCUCACUUUAGCAAAGCGCCGGUUAGUCUGAUGUUAACCCACGUGUCGGUGUAUUUAGAAUGAUUACAAUCUGAAAUCACCAUUACAUGUCUUAGUAGUAAAGAAACACAACCACUAAGUUGGACUAUCCCAAGUGCUAAUUCGUUUUUUAAGAAAAGGAAGUGGUAAAUGAGCCUUUAUCCACCGCUGUUUGUAGCAGUGCAGAGAGCCGCCCGUGGGUGGUGCUGUUCAGCUGCUGUUUUGAGGUUGUUGCACUAUGGACUACAGCCAGGGAAAUGGAGAUAAUGGUGGUAAAGACAGCAAAGACGACUUUUUCUUUAUUGAGGACUCCAAUAGUUCAGAUGGAGAACAACAGAUGAAGUUCAGUCGCCAGAAACAACACAGUAGCCGUAAACAAGCUGCACGGAUCAGCAGGGAGAGCUCUCCCCCCCUCAUCCUCUUCAACAUCACCUCUGGACGGACCCUCAAGCCCAGAAACCAGAGUCCUGCUUCCAGUUUAAAUGUACUGGAGGAGGAAGAGGAGGAGGAGGAGGAGGAGGAGAAGGACAGUGAUCAGCCCAUCGAGGAGUGGAUGAUGCUGGGAGGAGAGGAGCAGGUGGGAGACUCAAGCAUCCAUCUCAACCUGAGCUACUGCAACAGCCCUCAGGAUGACUCUGGAGAUGAAGAUCACACUGUGAAAUCAGUGAAGGAUACCUGGGCUGUGUCAGAGAGAGACAAGUGUGGGGCGGGUCAGUCUCUGCCCAGUCGAUAUUUUGGAGCUGGUCGUGCUCUGACCUGUAACAUCUGCAACAGGACGGGACACCUUGCCAAAAGCUGCUACUACCACAGGCAGAAAUGUCCCACCUGUAUCCUUUGUGGGAUCCAGGGCCACACCCAGAGGGACUGUCCUGGCCGCCCCUGCCCCAGCUGUGGACUCCCUUCCCAUGGCCUCAGGCGCUGUGAAAGGCCCCCGCUGUGGAACCAACACUGCCAGCGCUGUGGGACGUCGGGUCACCUCUCUGAUGUCUGCCCUGAUACAUGGAGACAAAACCACCUGACAAUCCGGUUAGAGCUUCCUGUCAGGCCAUGGACAGUUCACACCCUCAAACAUAAGAAAUGCCCCGCUUUCUGUUACAACUGCUCCAUGAGGGGACAUUAUGGCUAUGAAUGCGCUAAAAGGAGGAUGAUCAGUGGGACUUUCCCUUCCCUGCCCUAUGUUUGCCACUAUGACACCAUGAAGGAUGUCCUCCAACUUCAUACCAGGAAGCAGAAAAGAGCCAAAGGGCUUUUGAGCGCGGGACCCCUGCCCCUCUCAGACCAGAGGCCGUCGUCUGAAGCAACAGGCAAAAGCAGUGAGGAGAAUCAGCCGGUCCAGGGGGGGGGGAGGCAGGAGGCAUGUGGCCGGGCGAGCGGGAGUAAGAAGUGGCCAGAGAGGCGCAGGGAGAGACGGGAGGUGAAGAAGCUCAGGAGAGAGGCUCAAAUCAGACGAGAAGGAGGACUACUGGUGACAUCUGGGAGGAACUUUGACCGAGAAGUUUGCCCUGUGAACCCUUUCGGGGCUGCACUCCACAGUCUCAAGCAGACCAAACCAUCUCCACAAAAAAAGAGGAGGGAUGAGGAAGGAGGAAGGAGCAAGAAGAGCAGAGAGACAGAGAGGUGGAAGAAGAGAGGAGGGAUACAACGGGGGGAUGUAUAUCCUCAUGCUGACACAGAUAUUGGUGCUGAAAACCUUCUUUCUCCAAAACAAAGAGUACGCCACAGACGUAGAUAAAGUGGGAUUCUUUUGAUAUUUUGUUUAAAUGUUUCUCAAGGAGUUACUCCUGAAACUGAAAAAAAAAACAUUGUAAUUUUCUUUCAUGUAUUUAUUGUCAAAUAAAACAAAUUAAAGGUGCUUGUCUUCAGUUUAGCUAGUAUGAAUGUAAUAUUUUACUUGAGCCUUGUUUUGCAAGUUCAUCUGCUACUUCUUUAUACUAGCUGGGCCACAUGUUGUGUAAAGAUAGAUUUCAACACACGGUAUUUUGUAAUUUAUGUAUGUUUACAUGCUAUGCCUGCUUUCUUUUGCUCAUAUCAUGUGGUAGGGGCUUAUAUGUUAUCAUACUAGUUUUUUUGAUAUAUCAUUUCAGUCAUUAAAAUAUUUGAAAUCAGGUCAAA